GGACGAUUUGAUUGGAUUUGUUCCAAAAUGUUUUUCCAUGAAAAUUAGAAUAAAUCAAAAUAAAUAUGAAGAGAAAUACACAGCUAUUUGAUUUGUAUUGGGAAGAUAUAUUAGUUACAAAAGUUAUACCAAAUCUAAGUUUAAGAGAUUGUUUUAAUUUUCGCUGUGUAUCUAAAACCUGCUUGCAAAUUAUAAAUAUGUACUUUGCGAAGCUAAAAUCAUUGAAAUUGAUGAACAAGGGAUUUUCGCCUCACACGUUUAGUGUGCUCGCACUAACAUGCGGUAGACUGACAGUGUUGAACUUAAGUCGAUGUAUGUCUAUAACAGACAAUGAUUUAAUUCCAAUGUUAAUGAGAAAUCAGAAAUUAGUUACUUUAAACUUGAGCCAGUGUAAAAACUUAUCUGCGAAAUGUCUGCAGCCAGUAAUCUUAUAUUGUAAUAACUUGCAAACGUUAAAACUUGCACGAUGUGCAUGGUUGACUACUGGAGCUGUUGAAGCCCUAGCACUCCAUCAGUGUAUGUUGGAGGACGUAGACUUGUCAUACUGCGUCACCAUCUCAGAGAGCUGCAUAUUAAUAUUCGUGAAGAAGUUCCGCCACCUGAAGACCUUCAACUUGGAGGGUAAUAAGCAAGUUUCUGAUAAGUGCUUGUAUGCACUGUCUAAGUACAGCACCUCUUUGAAGCUUUUGAACCUCAGUGGAUGCACAGAAGUCUCAGACAAAGGUGUCAGGGCCUUGGCCAAUCAUAGUGCGAAUCUGGAAGGUCUACUAGUCCGAGGAUGUAUGAAGGUGACGGAGAACAGCCUGAAGCUGAUGAGGAACAGGGUGCAUCUGGACCGCAAGCCUGUGGAACCUGUCCCUGUGCCCAUCUACGUCCAGGUUUGAUGGAAAGGUUGUUACAUUAUUAUUAUUAUUCCAUGUUGUGUAGUAUUCUUUUAAAAAAAAUUGUUGAAGAACUGGUGAGGACCUUUUUUCAUAAUUAGUAGUUCUAGUAGGAAAUGAGACUGUCUUCCCAUUAAAUUAAAAAAAAUAUUAUUCAUGAACAAUUUCACCGUGUAUGUACAAUCUAUGAAAUGAGUGUGUCGCCUAUAAAUUGUUUUGGUCUCGUGUAGUCUUAAUAUUAUAAAAUAUGAGAAUCUUAAAGCUGUGUUACGAUAUUAUUUUUAGGUAUAUUUAAAUGAAAGUGAAUGUCUGAGUAUUAUUCAAUUUGCACAAUAUUUCAUGGUAAUGUGAUAAUUUUGAUAAAUAAUUUGUGGUUAGUAUUAUAGUUUGUAGGAAGCAGAACAUUUAUUAGCCUCACAGUUGGCCCAUAGCUACUGUAAGUAGAAAGAAGUAAAAUUGUGGUCAUUUUCAGAACAUUUCUUUUUCGCAUUGAAUUUUAAAUUAGUUUUAAAAAAGCUGUUUGAAUAUAAGUGUGAGGUGGCUCUCUUAAUGUUAAAUAUUCUGAUAUUAUUGUACAUAAUAUUUAAAUUAUAGAUAAUAUUAACUUAUGUUUUUAAUAACUAAACUUUGUAUGUUGUAUAUUUAAGGUCUAAUUUCAAAUGUGCCAAUAUUUAGGACUCUGUAGCUGAUGAAUUUCACCAUGAAACUAGUAUUUUGUUGAUAUUUGACCAUAUUAAUUUGAUAUUAUAAAUGUAUAAAUAAUUUUAUAGCUGUAAAAACUAUCCAACUGUAAUAUCAACCUUAAAUUAAUGGGAAUAAGAUCGUUAAUUUGUGUGUUCAGCGAUUUUAAUUAGAAUUUUUGUGGUUGUUACUCUUCUCAUUAGAGGGUAGGUAAAAUGUGUCUGUGAUUAUUUUUGACGUUGUAAUGUGUGCAAUAUUUGAUUUUGGAAUCCCGACUUGGGAUAAUUAGACAUUGCUUCGAAAAUCCUAUGUUAUCGAUUAAGUACUGGGCUGUGUUACAUUGCAUGAUAUUGCAGUAAAAUACUUUAACUUUAAAGUAACGAUUUUCAAAGAAUAAAGUGCCGUUCAUCACUUUAUUAGUACAUUCUUACUGAGGUACUUCAUACUACUCCAUAGAUACUUAUCUUUUCUAGUUCUUUCUUUUUUUAAAACGUUGCCCCACACUAGUAUUUUCUCCUGUGUCGUGGUUACACAUUUGCAAACAUACAA